AUGAAUACAAACAAUCGAUAGUAAAGAUCUGAAUCUGAUAAAGAAAAAGCACGUUUGAUGAAUGGUGUAGAUAUCAAUUCAGAAAAAUAGGAGCACGAAGACAAUAAGCGAUAAAUAGGAUCAUGUGUUUCUGAUUUUACUAUAGUGAAGGAAUUAGGUAGAGGUUCGUAUGGUGUAGUGUAUAGAGCAAUAUCUAAUAUCAACAAAAAAGAGUAUGUAGUGAAGAAAAUAAAUAUCAAACACAUGAGUAAUAAGCAUUAAAAAGAAGCUCUUAAGGAGGCGCAAAUUCUACGUAAAGUCAGACAUGAAAAUAUUAUCAGAUACUACACUUCUUUUGUAGAGCAUGAUUGUCUUUAUAUAGUGAUGGAAUACGCAGAUGGAGGUGAUCUUUAAUAACUUCUUAGAUAUCGUAGAGAGAGAAAAAAAUAGUUUACCGAAACAGAAAUAUGGGAAUUUGCUUAUGAUUUGAUUAAAGCAGUUGAUUAUUUGCAUAAAAAUAAUAUAAUACAUAGAGAUAUCAAGACAUUAAAUAUAUUUCUCACUAAAGAUAGAAAAGUCAAGUUAGGUGACUUAGGUGUCUCUAAAAUAGUAUCAAGCCAAGCUGCAUUGUAAGGAACUAGAGUAGGUACUCCUCUGUAUCUUGCUCCUGAGCUUGUUAAAUAGUAACCAUACGAUUUUAAAGUAGAUAUUUGGGCAAUUGGAAUAGUGCUAUAUCACAUUAGCGCUCUUGAGCCACCAUUUUAAGGAGAGAAUUUAAUUGCUUUAGGGUUUAAUAUAGUCCAUAAAUUUCCGAAGCCAUUGCCAAGUGUUUAUUCUCCAAAACUUGUUAGCUUUAUUAAUAAGCUGCUAGAAAAGAAUCCACUUUAGCGUCCAAAGACAUCGGAAUUAAUUGAAACAUUUCCUAAAAAGAGUGAAAGACCCAUGACGGGAUAACCAUAAAAUUCUAAUUCUUGGUAAAAUAAUGCUCUAAAAAACUCUUCAAGCUAGGUUAUCAAUGAUAAGAUUGAAGUAUAUGAUAAGGGGAAUUAUAAUAUGCUAAAUAGAAUUAUAGAAGAAGAUUAAGAAAUGGCUGCAGCAUUUCAACACAAGAUAGAUAAUAAUAAAAGAUCUUUAGAAUUAAAUGACUUUGAUAAUAAAAUACAGGGUCAACCAUCAGUAUUACCUUAUCAUAUGAGAAGACCUUAAACAAGUGUUGGUAGAGAUAAGGAAAAGCUGUUAUAUUAGCAAAGAAUGUAAGAAAAUAUUAACAACGAAUAUAAUAAUCUAAAUGUUAAAUCAUACAAAAAUAAUGCAAAUUAAAUAGAUAAUUAACAAGACUUAAAAAACCAAUUUAAUGAGGAUUUAACUGAUCCUAGAAACAACAAAUAAGCGAAGCAAAUUGAUAGGAGUGAUUCUUCUUCUUCUUCCUCAUCAAAUUAUCAUAAUAUCAAUAAUAAUGCUAAUCGAGAGGUAUUAGUUAUGGGUAAUAAUAAUGCUGCUUCAACUUCAAACAAUAAUAAUAUAGGGAGAUAUUUAAGUAAAAACAAAGAGAUAAUGACUUAUAAUAAAAAAAAGAUGUCGUUGAUUACUGACAGCAGUAUACUUAAUGAUGAUAAAAAGAAGAGUGGUAGUACACGUUAGUCAACUACUUAACAAGGAAUUAAUUACUAAUCUAACAGCAACAGUCAAGCAACCAACGAUGAAAAGAAAUAAAAUUAAAAUGAAGAUAAAAAACUGAAAUUAGAUUUAUAAACAUAACAGUAACAGUCUUAUUUGCCUACCCACAAAGUAAACUCUUAAAGCCAAUAAAUUUAAAAAUCAAAUCAAAUUUUAAGCUCAUAACACUCUCCAUUGGAGAAUCCUUUAAAUUCACAUAGAGUUUUAACUUAAGCUACAGAAAAAUAAGCAGAAAAAAACUAUAGUAGUAAUAACAAUAAUGUUUCAGGCGGAGAGUUUAAUCAAAAAGCUAAUUAAUACCAUGUUUAAGGUAAAUCUUAAAAUAAAAAUAAAAAUGAUGAGUAGGAAUUGGAACAAAAAAAGAGGAUUUAGAGCUCUCUAGAUGAAGGUUUAAUGGUAUAAGAAAAAAUAAAAUAGAGCAAAGAAAACACUCCUGGAAAUAGUUAAAAUAAUAAAGAUAUAAAAGCUUCUCUUGAAUAAAAGUAAAAAGAUACAAUAAACCAUCCUCAAUAGUAGUAGUAGUAGUAGUAGUAGUAGUAGCAGAAAUUGAUCUCUUAGCCUAGUAAUUUAAAGGACACAAAAGAAACAAAAGAAAUUAAAGAAUAUCUUAAAGAUAUUAACAGUAAUAAUAAUAUAAACAAUAAUGCUUCUAAUAAAAAUAAUGAGAUUAAAGGUCAAAAUCCUUUAGUUGCUUAUUUCAAUAUCAGCAAAUCAAUGAGUGAUAAUUUACAAAGUAAUUUUAAAAUUCGUCCUUUUUCAGCAUAAACGAAACCUAGAUAAAAUGAAUUAGCUAAAAAACCAGAAGUUAAUAAUUUUAUUAAGAAUGAAAUGAUUUCAAGCUAAACUAAAGAUGCUAUGAAAUUGGAGUAAAUAAUCAAAGAAUUUAAAUAGGAAGCUCAAAAAAUUAGAGAGGCACCACUAAUUAUUUACUCAAAUGGUUAAAAUCAGCCAUAAACUACUCCUAAGGAUCAUAAAAAUUCAAUCGAAACUAAAAAGAACGAUAAAAAUACUAAUAAUGGGCCACAUUAGAGUUCUUCAACUCAGUCUAACAAAAAAGAGCCUUCCAACCAGUAGUCACAAUAAAAUAAAAAUGUGAACUAAAAUGAUAUUAAAACAGAAAACAAAAGGAAAGAAGACAAUAAUUUAGGAAAUGAAAAUGUAAUCAGACCAUAGUCAGCUCAUCCUUUAGUAGGAAAUAGAUAGAAUAAAGUCUUUAAUUAGUUUAAUAACAGAUAUGUAUCACCAAAUUAAUAUAUAGCAGGAUUCAGUAGUCCGUUCUAGAGCAACCCAAAUACAAAUACAUCUCAUAAAUCUAUUGUAAAUAAUUUUAUUAAAAACAGCAUAGGCAAAAUGAACAAUAAUGUUAUUAUAGAUCCUGUAACUAAACCAUAAAAAGAUUAAAACUAAAAUUAAGAAAAUGAUAAAAAUUACUUCUUUUAUAGAAUUGACAACGUAUAAAGAGAUUUUAAUGAAGAAAUAAAUCCUUAAUCUACCAAAUCUAGUUCAUAAAAAAUGGAUUUAACUUCAAAGAUUAAAUCAGCAACUUCUACCAAUUUUUAUAAGGAAUAAUCUUAAAUGACCGUAAGUGUUAAGGGAGGAAAUUCUUAAAAUCUUGAUAAUCCACAAUAACAGUAAAAUAAAGAAAAGUAAAGUUAAGGAAAAGUUUUAGUAUUAAACAAUGCUCGCCCAUAAACUUCAACAGGUGUAAGAAAAAAGUAUACAAUUAAAGAUUUAGUAUCUGAUUAACAUGUAUUUCGCACUAACUAAGUAGUGAGUCAAUGA